AUGGUUGAAAACAACAAGAUAACGAGACUGAACCGACCAAGCGAGCCCUGCUACAGCACUCCCGGCUACCAUCCCGUCAAGUGCGAAUGGAGGUGCAUCGCCGAGAAAAUCAUCGAACGCUGCAACUGCAGGCCUAUCUACAUGGAAGCUAUAAGAAAUGAAUCCAUCUGCGAUUAUCUGGAGGAGCAGAGUUGUGCCAGUACAAUAACUGACAAGUUCUACCAGAUGAGGAACGACGACCCAAUCUAUUGCGACUGCCCGCCCCUCUGCACCGAGACCAUCUACACACCGUCCGUCACCGGCUCCGACCUCGGCAGAAAUUUUGUCAAAGCAAUGCUGAAAGAUUUCGGCCCGAACCAAACCUUCGAAGAAAUAACAAGCAACCAGAGUCUGCUGACGAUCUAUUUGAGUAGCUUACAAUGUACGUACAUCACGACCACAGAGAGUUACGGCCUAGUUGCUCUUAUGAGUGAUCUUGGAGGAGCACUAGGACUUCUGCUUGGUGCAACAUUCCUAACCGUUGUUGAAGCACUGGAACUCAUCUACGAUUUUAUUUUGUUCGCCAGGGUUAAAAGAAGAAUGGCUAAAACAUCUUAA